AUUAGCAUUUAAUAAUUAUAGUUACUUUGGUAGAAAGGACGUUAAAAAUAAAUAAUAUUGUAAUGGUAGUAGACGUGGUAACCAUACAUUUUUACUAAUAUGCGUAGAAGCUCUUUAUUGUUGUGUAUACUCGUUUUUUUCGUGUCUUUGUUAAAAUUGUAAAUGGUGCUUUUUAUAAAUGUCUGGCUAAAUAAUUAAAAAUGCCGAAGAUUCCCUACAAGGUUGAAAAACAAAAUGAAGAGGACGAUUAUGAGAUUGUUUCGUUUGAAGAUUUUUGUGACAAACCUCCCACUGCGAAAGAAGAUUUAUUGACUCUGAACGAUAAUAUCAACUAUCGCUUAUUUUAUGAAAGUGGUAAGGAAAAUAAAUUAAGGGAUGCUGGAGAAGGAUCUGGUACUAAUGAGAUAUUAUCAGAAACAUCACUGAAUGGUCCUAAGGCUCCAAACAAAAAAAAGGCAACAUUUGCGCCAUUCUGUAAGAGCGACAAAACACGCAGGGUACCUUUGUUUAGCGGCAUUAAACCUAAAACAAGAACAGAUGAUUCAAUGCGAGAACAUAGAUAUCAGAGGUUCUCAUCACGGCCUAGCUGCCUCAAUCAGUUGUGGGAAAAAGGAGCAGCAUUAUUACCAGGAAUGCUUGUGGGUGGUUUGCUUUGUGCUCUGGCUGUGGCAACUUGGUGGGCUGUGGCUGGGGCUCUUGGUGGCAGAUGGGGUGAUGAUCAUUACAGAAAGUUGUGGGAGCGAGUUCACCCUGAAGAAGUAAAAAAACCGCUGACACCAAUGACAUUGGAAAAGCCCGUCAUCACCGAAUACCGUUACCACGAUCACAACAACUUGAGCACCAAGAACCGAAGCAAUGCGACUGACAACAAGAAGAAAGACGUGAAGAAAGGUUUCCUGGUACAUUCACCCGAGGUGAUGAAAGAACUUUGUGCACGAAUUGUUGAUGAUGAGAUGCGAUUCGAUUGCCAUCCGCAGAACGGGGCGAGUGAGGAGGAAUGUGUCAAACGAGGUUGUUGUUGGAAAGCCACAGACAAUCCAUACGCGCCAUAUUGUUUUUACCCGCCGCAAUAUGAGACAUACCAAUUCAUCAAUAGUACAGAAAAUAAACACGGAAUGACAGUUUACUACUCCCGAUCGUGUGAUACCGGAUAUCCGGAUCAAUUUAAUGUUGCCAGGAUCGAUUUUAAUUAUUUAUCCAACGACAUAUUGCAGAUUAAGAUAUCUGAUGCAGAGCAUAAGAGAUUUGAACCUCCGUAUCCUGAAGUGCCGACAGUCUACAGUUCGAUUUCAGAAGUAAAAUAUCGCGUUAAUGUUGAUAGCUCCGCUGUGGGAUUCAAAGUUAUACGGAACGCUGAUAAUGUUACCAUAUGGGACGCUCAAAACACAGGUGGAUUCAUUUUGGCGGAUAAAUUCCUUCAAUUGUCAGCAGUGCUACCAACGAAUUACACGUAUGGUAUAGGAGAAAAACAAGCGAGUUUUCUAAAUGAUAUGAAUUGGAAAACUCACACGCUUUUCAAUAACGACCAACCGCCUGGUGAAAAUAUUCAUUUGUAUGGAUCACAUCCCUUCUACUUGGGUCUAGAGACGAAUGGAAAUAGCCAUGGUGUUCUGCUACUCAACUCCAAUGCAAUGGAUAUAGCGCUGCAACCGACGCCGGCCAUAACCUACAGAGCUAUAGGGGGUAUUCUAAACUUCUUUAUAUUUUUGGGCCCGAGCCCAGAGGAUGUUAUUGCUCAAUAUAUGGAAAUUAUCGGGAAACCAUUCAUGCCGCCAUAUUGGGCUCUUGGAUUUCAUUUGUGCAAGUAUAACUAUGGAUCGUUGAACGUGACUCGACACGUAUGGCAGAAGAAUAGAGACGCUGGGAUACCAUUCGAUGUCCAAUGGAAUGACCUGGAUUAUAUGAGUAAAGGCAACGAUUUCACGUACGACACGGAAGCUUUCGCUGGUUUACCGGAGUUCGUCAAGACCGUACACGAAGCCGGCAUGCAUUACGUUAUAUUGAUUGACCCUGGUGUAAGCGCCUCGGAAAAUCCUGGCGAAUAUCCGCCAUUCGAUCUGGGACUCGAAAUGAAUGUUUUCGUGAAAAAUUCAACUGAUAUGCCCUUUGUUGGAAAAGUAUGGAACAGAGUGUCCACGGUGUGGCCAGACUUCACACACCCGAACGCCUCCGAGUAUUGGAAAGAAUUGAUGUCGGACUUUCAUAGAAAAGUUAACUAUGACGGCGCUUGGAUUGAUAUGAAUGAACCCUCAAAUUUCCUAUCUGGUUCGAUGUAUGGCGAAUGCAGCCCCGAAAACUUGCCAUACAAGCCUCAGACAGUUUCCGAAGAAGGCUUAAAACAUAAGACGAUGUGUAUGGACGCGAAGCAUUUCGCCGGAUCCCAUUUCGACGUACACAAUAUGUACGCGAUCAGUGAAGCUGUGGCUACGCAUGCGGCUUUAGUGGAGAUUCGUGGAAAGCGACCGUUGACAAUUUCCCGUGGGUCCUCUCCCGGAAUGGGGCAUUACGCGGGACAUUGGAGCGGGGACGUCUUCAGCCAAUGGCAUGACCUCAAGGCUUCUAUACCACAACUGCUAAGCUUCAGUCUCUUCGGUAUUCCCCUAAUGGGGUCAGAUAUUUGCGGAUUCAUUGGGGACACGACGCCAGAGCUCUGCAAGCGAUGGAUGCAACUGGGAGCAUUUUAUCCCUUCUCCAGGAAUCAUAAUAGUGAUACAUCGAAGCCUCAAGACCCAGUGAGUUUGGGCCCAAUUGUGGUGGAAGCCAGCAAACGCGCCCUUCGCAUGAGAUAUCGACUCCUUCCAUACUAUUACACGUUGUUCUGGCGAGCCCAUACUGAUGCUACCACCGUGGCCAGACCUUUAUUUUUUGAAUUCCCAAAUGAUAAGCGAGUGUACAAUAUCGAUACCCAAUUUCUGAUCGGCGAACAUAUAAUGAUAUCCGCCAUUUUGGAUGAGGGAGCAAACACAACGAAUGCGUUUUAUCCAGGUCCGAACCCGUGGUACGAUCUUAAUACAGGAAAGCAGUUGGCACUGAACUCCUGGAAGGCUAUCAAUGAUGAGGAAAUGGUUGCUGUGAAGGGUGGUGCCAUCCUUCCAUUACAAGAUCCACCAGCUAAGGGUCCCGUAACUACUAGCAACACUCGCAGCCUGCCCAUACAACUAUUGCUCGUUCCCGAUACGGCCGGGGUUGCCAGGGGCGAAUUAUACUGGGACGACGGGGAUAGCUUGAACAGCUACGAAGAAGAGAAAUACAGCCAUAUUAUAUUCAAGCUAAAGGAAAACGAGUUGACCAGUUUCAUCCAAUGGUGGGGGUAUGGGGUACCCGCCGUCGACACCAUCAAAGUACUGGUUCAAAAUCUCAUCAAAACCGUCACAGUCAACAACGUCUCGUCGAGCUUCACGUACGACAAACCGACGAAGGUGUUGAAGAUUGACGUUAAUAUCAAUUUGGAUAAGCCUUUUACGGUUAAAUGGACGAAUAAAGUCACGCAAAAAAUAUAAAACUAUGUGUAAUAUAUAUGUUGAUGUGUCUAAGAUUUAUAGAAAUGUUAUUAAUCUGAUAUUAACAUAUAUUUAAAUAUACUUUAAGCUGCCAAUAUCGAUAUAGAUUCGUGGAUAUAUCAAAAACGAUUAAACCGAUUUUAAUGAAACUUUGACUAGUCCCGGUUGAAAUAUAGAUUAUUCUGAUAAAUAUGGUCAACAUGAUCAUUAGUUACCAAGAAAUUUAUGGAUAAACUUACACACAUACAGUACGUUCUUAUUGGAAUUAAUAAAAUAUUCGAAUAUUAUACAUAAAUAAUGUUUCAUUUUUUUGUUAAUUAUAAUGAAAUACAAAAUAUAUUUUCACCAGAAAUCACGAUUCGUGCCAAUUAUUUAUUAUUAUGUAUUCAAUGUUUACGGAAUACAGUUAGUUUUAACUGGACGCCGUAAAUGGUGAUACUUUAUUCCUUGUAUUUUUUUUAAAUAAAAAUUGUAUAGUUCAGAUAUUUUUUAUUAGAGUAUAUAUAUCUAGAAAUAACUUUAGAUUGAGAAAGUAUCAUGUUAAUAUAAAACAUAUAGCAACGCUAUUAAAUAAAUGUGAAAUCUAUACUAGAAACCAUUUUUUAUAUAAAAAAAUUUAAAGAUUUACUCAAAGUUUAUUUGUACAAAUAUAGUGAUCUCAAUAUUACGAAUGGGUUAAAUUUCUAGUCGGUAAGAUGAGUAGUUCAAAUAAGAACCGUUUUUACUUUUGUCGAUAUUUAUAUUAUAUAUUGUUAUUAUUUGCGGUUGUUAAUUACAGAUAUUGUGGAUUUCAAUAUAUCAGUUGAUCAUUUUAAACUAAUGAAUUCAUCGAGUGAGUAAUGGCGGUUUGCGUUGCGAUGAUGGCACUAUACCAGACUUAUAUAGACAUUUCUAGAAAUAUUAAUUUCGAACAUUUUUGUUCUUUUCUCUUGCUUUAAAGCAUAGAUACUCAGGAAUUUUUGGAUCCAGCUGCCCACUUAAGUAUUUCCGAACCAAUUUGACUUAGGGUCAAGAAAAAAGCGUGCCAAAUCAUUAAAGGAUGGCAACACACUCGCGAGCCAUUGACAUCGAAAGUGUCCAUGGGUGGGAUGGUAUCACUUAACACCCGUUUGCCCCUGUUCUAUAAAAAAGGUAAUUGAUUUGCAGACGUACGUCUUGGUUGAAAAAUCUUAGACAAUGGUAAGGUUGAAGAACCAGUCAUUGUUCAUCCGCAUCCAAAAUUGCCACCUUGAUGAUUACCACCUUCGAAAAGAGAUGGGACUAUAAGAAGAAAUUAUUUUUGCGGUCUCAGCCACAACGCGAACCUUUAUUUCUCUCAGAGCCAAUCAUACAUUAAUUUUCAAUGUCUUCCUUAUGUUCCUUAAUAUGUACGUUUAUUAUACUCGUAGAAAAUAUAGUUCAAAUAAUAAUCUUAAAAUAGGGAAUAUAUUUAGAAAUAAAAUAUUGAGUGUUCACCGCGUGUUGCCAUCUUCUAACAUUUUUCUAAAGUAUAUUCAUUUAUUGGAUGUAGAACUUUUAUUCACGAUGUUAUAAUGCCAAGGAUUUGUCUGUCAUUUGUAACCUUUUUUUAUGAAAAGUAAAACUCGAUAUUUCACAUUUUUUAUAUUUGUGACAUAUACGACUUUGAGAAGAGAUGCUUUAGUUCUAUGCUUUAGUUCUUGUAGCGUUCUAGUGGCGGAAAUUCAAAAACAGUGUCAAAAUUCAAUAAAUUUGAUUAAUAUAUGAGUGAGUAUAUUGUCAUACUCAGCGUUAAAACUAUGUUAAAUCUUUUGAAGCUUCCAUUAUUUUUACAAAGUUGUCUUGAAAAUAAAGCGGUUUAAACUAAACAUUGAACAACACUUCAAAUAUCGGCUUUGAGGACUGACAAAUGACUUUUGUCAAAAGAAAGUUAUAGACAGACCGUGGCAUAUUUUAAUAUAAACUUAUUUAUAUAUAAUGAGUCAUAUAUAAAAGUUCUACUAUUUAAACUACUAAAUUUUCAUGCAUAUUUGAAAUAUUAGUUAUUAUAUUAAAUUUUUAUACAUAUUUUAGUCUAGAGAGUUUCUAAUUCAAUUUUAUAUUUUUAUAUGUAAAAUUAAUUGUUAACGCUUAUUUGCAACGGAACAGGUUUUGUCAUUUUGUGAUGUAGUUUUAUGUUGAUAUAAUUUAUUAUUGUGCACUAAUAAAAUUAUAUUCGUCAA